AUGGCGAUCUUUGCAGACAUGGUUGAGGACAUCAUGGAAGUAUUUAUGGAUGACUUUUCGAUGUUUGGUACUUCUUUUGAUGAUUGCCUUUACAAUCUCUUGUUAGUGUUGCAAUGCUCAAGAGGACUUGAAGUUGGCAAGGUAAAAAUUGAUACAGUUGCAAAGCUUCCACCACCUACCAAUGUCCAAGGCAUUCGGAGUUUCUUGGGACACGCUGGAUUUUAUAGGAGGUUCAUCAAAGACUUCUCAAAGGUACCUAAACCCAUAUGCGACCUUUUGGAAAAGGACACAACAUUUGUAUUUGAUGCAGGCUACUUAAGAGCAUUUGAAACCAUAAAGGAAAAAUUAGUGACUGCUCCAGUGAUGGUAGUACCAGAUUGGAAUCAAUCAUUUGAGGUUAUGUGUGAUGCUAGUGACUAUGUAGUAAAGGGUUCUAGGAAAAAGGCGUGA